GAGGGCGGGGACGCGCUAUUUUCCUGUCUGAAGAGCUUACACGUUGCGCUACGGACCAGAACGAUUCCUCAGCAUUGUCAAGUCAGCAUUCAAUCAGAUCAUUGGCGUGUUUGACGACCGACAAAGUCGAAUGAACUCGCGCCAUUGCAGCACAUGUAGCUGCCCCGCAGUGCGCGCCGAUGACCGUCACGAGCUCCUCGCGGCGUUCUCACCAGAACGCCUACAUCAUCUCGAAGAACUCGAACGUGUGUCGGAACGGACGAAAAAGGCUCUCUUCGACUUGCGCGGCGAACACAACGCGUCAUUACCCAUCAAUCAUCUCCCAAUCGAGAUUCUCUCCCGAAUUAUGGUCCUUGCCCAGAACACCCGUGUAAACACCGUGGAUGAAUGGCAUCAAUCGAGCGAAUGGUCCCCCGAGUGUGUCCAGGUCUGCUCGCACUGGCGGAGCGUUGCCCUGGGUACCUCAGGGCUGUGGAAUCGUCUAAAUCUUCAACGUCCGGAGCUUGCCGUAGCUUUGUGCGAGCGUUUUACCAGGAUUCCACUCUGCGUCGUCUAUGACGCAUUCGAUGCACAUCCUACGAGUGAAACCGUCCUCAAACGUAUCAUUUUCCAACAACCUUCCCGCAUCUCCGAGCUCGAGCUUUGGGCGCAGUUCAAGGUCAUCCUGCCAACGCUACGGCAGUUCCAGUCGUAUGCGCCCGUCUUAAGGACGCUCCACCUCGCAUCCGCCAAGAUAAUCGAGUUAGAUCAGGAGAAGGAACUCUUUGAAUGCCUGAAAGGACUCCAUGCACCAAACCUUCAUUCGUUGGUCCUCUAUAACUUCCCUUCCUUCUGGCCAUGGGCCUCUCGAUGGUUCAGAUCGCUCGAUAUGAGAUGCAUUGUAUUGAUACAGAACCUGGAUCCUGAAUACGUAUCAACCCCACCCGCACUGAACAACGUACUCGACACGCUGGAGUCAUUCCCCCGCCUCGAGAAGCUAUUCCUAGAUAACCUACCCAAGGUGGUCCCAGCUCUACCCCCAGGGUCCGAACGCAAGAUCGCUCUUCACGCUCUUCGCGAGGUCACCUUAUCAGGCCCAUGCCAGGAUUGCGUGUCGCUUCUCCGAUGUCUGACACUUGCCCCAACGGCCUGUCUCGACGUGUCCUGCGACAUGGACGCUGAGCACCUCCCCGACCUGUGGGACAUGGUCAAACGCACCGUAACUCCUGGCCCCAUCCGAUUUGACAUCACCGACUCAACCAUCUCCUUAAAAUGCGGUCCGCGCGACCACGAAAACUCGUUAUUGCUCCGACCCGUACCCAGCGAUAAACACAACGAGUUGUUGCUAAGUCUCAGCCAACUGUGUCUUUCGUGCUUGGAUCCCUCUUGUUCAGUCACCCUGGCAGGCAGCUUGGCAGGGCCAUCCCCCGACGUCCAUCCCCUCCUUCGCAGCUUCCGCAACGUACGGCGCCUCAACUUGAAAGGCGGGGAUAUGGUUGCCGCCAUAAUCCACGCUCUGCAUCACCACCGUACGCAAGCCGAUGGAGAUCCCUUGCUCCCUGAGCUCGUCAGCUUGCGUAUCGUAGCCGCGAAGCACACCUCCAGAGGAGAGUGGUUCGGUCAAUGCCGUGCCGAGUUGGCAAGGAGAUGUAAAUCUACGUCCCGCGAGGGCCAGGUACCCUUCAAGACGCUGAUACUGGAACGCUGCAGCGGAUUGGACGCGUCGGAGCUGGAGCUGCUCCGAGAGAUCGUGCCAAAGUUGGUGCUAAGGCAGGUUCAGACCGUGUCGGUUUCGCAGUGACUGUUUCGAUCGUUUGAGCCGGGAACGAGCUUCGGCGAAUACCAAUCCGCCGUCCGUACAGCCAACGUCGGAUGCUCGACUGUCUUGGAUACUUAUGUUGAUAGUUUGAUCCCGGAUGCUGCUGAUUUCAUGCGAAAGUUCUUCCCCCGGGAUGGAAGCUUGCUCGCACUGCAAUUGCCUACCCGUAUUCGUAUUCCAUCAACACCGAAGCACCCGCCUCCAGAGUCCAUGUGUUUUAUGUUCAAUUAGCAGAAUAUACAGUACGAUGUGACUACGCAACACUGGAUGAGUAAUAUAUGUACAUUGGGGUUGGCGGGGCGACGUCGACGACACGAGCCUCCGAAUACAUUCGUACUUAG